AUAAUAGAUAAGACGGAGGGACAAAGCUCAAGCUGCCAGAAUCGUCGUCCCACUUUACGUGUAGAAACACAGUCUUGCAGGAUCUAGAGUUUGACCAACAUGGCGACCAGAGCCGGAUCUCAUCUGAAACAAACGGAGGGAGAGGAGGGACAGGAUUCUCCCCGUACCCACAAGUGCAGCUAUUGUGACAAGGAGUUCUGCUUAAAAAGUAGGCUCAUACUACACCUGCAAACUCACACUGGUGAGAAAUCAUACCAGUGUGAUGAUUGCGGGAAACGGUUUAGUCAGCUGGGUCAUCUGAAGGGCCACAUGAGAACUCACACCGGAGAGAGACCGUAUAGAUGUGAGGAGUGCAGCAAACAGUUCAAUAGACUUGGUACCCUGAAAAUACACAUGAGAAAUCACACGGGUGAGAAGCCGUAUAGAUGUGAGGCAUGCAGCAAGCAGUUCAGUAGGUUUGGUACCCUGAAAAUACACAUACGUACUCACACUGGUGAGAGACCAUACCAGUGUGAUGAUUGCGGGAAACGGUUUAGUCAGCAAUCUAAUCUGGAGGACCACAUGAGAACUCACACCGGUGAGAGACCGUACGAGUGUGAAUAUUGCAACAAGUGCUUCAGUCAAUCAGCUCAUCUAAAAAAACACAUGCGGACCCACACAGGCAAAACCCUCUACAGGUGUGAGGCAUGCUGCAAGCAGUUCAGUACCCUUGGUAUCCUUAAUAAACACAUGAGAACUCACACGGGUCAGAAACCGUAUAGAUGUGACGCAUGCAGCAAGCAGUUUAGUGAUCUGUCUGGUCUAAAGAAACACAUGUGGACUCACACGGGUGAGAAACCGUACUCAUGUGAGGAGUGCAGCAAGCAGUUCAGUGACCCGAGUCGUCUAAAAGUACACAUGCGGACUCACACAGGGGAAACCCCAUACAGAUGCGAGCAGUGCAGCAAACAGUUCACUCAGUUCCCCAAUCUUAAGAGACACAUACGGACUCACACCGGUGAAAAACCGUACAAGUGUGAGGAGUGCAGCAAACAGUUCAUUCAGUUGUCGCAUCUAAAGAGUCAUAUGCGGACUCACACUGGCGAGACACCGUACAGGUGUGAGAAGUGCAACAAAAGCUAUCGUCAUUCACGUAGUCUACGUGCGCACAUGGAAACUCACAUCAGUGAAAGUCUGUGAAUACAUGUGUGACGAUUACACGAACAUAUUCUUACACAUUAGAAAAAAAAUUACAUCUUAAGCUCGAUUGGUCUAUUUUUUCUUGGCAAAGGUGGGCUAUUAUUUACCGCUACUUUAUUCAGCCGUGUACUCACUACAUGGCUCCACUGUCAAAAAAACGGGAACUGAAUUACAGCAUAGUAGUUACUAUCGUCACGUCACGUACUUGAUUGGAACUAGCAGCGUUGUUAAACAACGGCCGUGGAAUAUGUUGUAAGAUUAGAAUAGAGCAGUGCUAUACUUGAGAAAAUGUUGGAACAGUUUUUACCCCCCCCCCCCUCAUAAAAACGUCAGUGAAUCAGCCCCUGUUCAGAUAGAAUUAGAGUUUAAUAUAGGUGAUGAAGGUAGUAUAAACCGACAUAUGUUAGAAGAUAAAACUGGUGUUCUUCCUGUGGGAGGUGUUGUGAGUUUAGUGUAGAAUAGUGCUAUAUACAGAGAAAAGUAUAGAGAAAAACAGUUGGUAAGGUAUUGCCCCCUAAGAUUAGUGAACCAGCCCCGGUUUAGCGAGGGGAGAAACUGGGGGAAAGUAGGUCAGACAGAGUCUGGAUUGGAGAUCCAGAUGAGAGAGACUGGAAAGAUCUUGGAGAGAAGUGGCAAAUAAAAAGGAUUGUG